AUGGCCUUCAAGUUCAUGAUUGUUAUGUUCUUGACCGCCGCAGUACUAAUUGACGCAACAGACGUGACAAUCAAUAGCUACCGCAUGAAUCCGGGAAGCGAUCCUGAUUUCUACAACCAAGGUACCUUACGAAUCACGAAGAAAUCGCGUAAUCUGUUGGUAGUUUCCGGCACCUUCCUAACGUUUGUGAACAUUGGUGACGAUUGUGUGUUCGAGUACUCAGUGCAUUACAAGAGCCCCGUGACCGGCAAUCAUCGAACAAUUUUACAGCGACAGAUGCCCUUCUGCGAGUUUAUCAAUACGGACACGUUGGUAUUGCCGAAGUUAAGAGAGGUUUCCAAUAUUGUUAAGAAAGGGGAGUGCCCUGUGCCUAAAGGAAACUACACCAUUCAGAACUACAAAUUUGAGCUUCCGGAAGCCUUGCCUUUGCCGACAGGCGAUUAUGUAGUUGGUGCACAGUUCAUAAAGGAUGGAGUCAUGAAGUUGGGCUUGGAAUGGGCUAUCACAGUAUUGGCGUAA